AUGCCGAAUACACACCCUCAAGAUGCAGCGUACGCCGCUUCUCUCGACUCUCCAGAGACUUUCUGGUCUCACGAAGCCAAACAACUGAGCUGGGCUGUACCUCCGAAGACCAUAAUCGAACGUACUACCAAAACCCUGCAAUCUGGCACCAAGCAUCAACACUGGAAGUGGUUCCCAGAUGGCGAAAUUUCGACCUCAUACAACUGCGUGGACCGACACGUCGAUGCUGGAAACGGACAACGUACGGCGAUCAUCUGGGACUCGCCCGUGACGGGUUCCCAAGAGAGGAUCAGCUACGCCCAACUCGCAGAAGAGGUCGCAACACUCGCUGGUGUAUUGCGUGAAGAGGGGGUGAAGAAAGGAGAUGUGGUUUUAAUAUACAUGCCUCAAAUACCUGCUGCUCUCAUCGGCAUACUCGCCACUGCAAGACUUGGUGCUAUACAUGCUGUCGUUUUUGGCGGAUUCUCAGCACCAAGUCUAGCACAGCGCAUCGAUGCAUCCAAGCCUCGAGUAGUCCUCACUGCCAGUUGUGGCAUUGAAGGUGCAAAAGGACCACUGCCGUAUCAACCUCUUGUGCGCGGUGCCUUUGAGCAGUCCAAGCACAAGCCGAGUAAAACCAUCAUCUGGCAGCGUGAGCAAAGCAGAUGGGAUCCUGUCAUCAAAGAAGACGGCGAACGUAACUGGCAACGACUAGUAAAGAGCGCUAAGAACCGUGGCUUAAAGGCAGAGAACGUUCCAGUCAAGAGCAACGAUGGGCUUUACAUCAUCUAUACUUCGGGCACGACAGGCGCACCGAAAGGAGUGCUGCGCGAGGCCGGUGGUCAUGCUGUCGGUCUGAACUAUUGUAUGCGCUACCUGUUCGGCAUUCAGGCUGGCGAUGUCAUGUUUUGUGCAUCUGACAUUGGUUGGGUGGUUGGUCACUCCUUCAUCUGCUACGCACCACUACUGGCAGGUGCGACCACGGUUCUGUUCGAAGGCAAGCCAAUUGGUACACCAGAUGCUGGCACUUUCUGGCGCUGUAUCGAACAGCACAAGGUGAACGUGAUGUUCACUGCACCCACAGCUCUGCGAGCUAUCCGUCGUGAAGAUGGACAGCAUAAAUUCUUCAUCGAAAGAGGUGAGAGAAAUGGACUUAAAUCACUACGAGCACUGUUCUUGGCCGGCGAGCGUAGUGAGCCAGCUGUCAUCAAUGACUACACAAAGCUACUGCAGAAGUAUGGUGCACCUGGUGCCGCAGUCGUGGAUAACUGGUGGUCUUCUGAAUCAGGUUCGCCAAUGACAGGAUUAGCACAGCUGCCAUGUUCGUGGCACAGCGGAGGUGAUGAUAAGCAGAUUAAGCCUCUGGAGACAAGACCAGGAAGUGCAGGAAAGCCAAUGCCCGGAUUUGACAUCAGAGUUGUAGACGACGAUGGCAAUGAGGUGCCGCAAGGAAAAACCGGCAACAUCGUUCUCGGUAUGCCACUUGCACCUACCGGGUUCACGACACUUUGGAAGGAUGAGAAGCGCUUCUAUAACGGAUACAUGCUGCGAUUCGAGGGCAAGUGGCUCGACACAGGCGACGCUGGUAUCAUCGACAAAGAUGGUUAUGUCCAUAUCCACGGCCGUAGUGAUGACAUGAUCAACGUCGCUGCACACAGGUUGAGCACUGCAAUCUCAUCACACCCUGCAAUCACAGACAACUGCGUCAUCCCAGCGCCGGACCCUCUGAAGGGACACGUACCAUUCGCGUUCGUCGCCCUUUCGCCGUCGGCUGGAUCAAUCCCAGAAAGCGAAUUGCUCUCUGCCAUCAACUCGCGUGUCAGAGCAGCUGUUGGUCCCAUCGCCACAUUGGGAGGUGUUAUUGUAGCACAGGGAGUAAUCCCUCGCACAAGAAGCGGCAAGACUCUACGCAGAGUGUUGAAGCAAAUGGUAGAAGAUGCAAGCGAAGGCCACUUCGAUAAAGAAGUGGAAAUCCCAGCAACGAUUGAAGACGCAGAAGUUGUCGAAAGAGCGAGAAAGGUGAUCAAGACUUAUUUCACCAGGAAGAGCAAGCUGUAA